AUGAGCUUUGCUGGAAGCGGGUACUGGACAGUCGUGGUCGACGGCGGAUACGUGUGGCUGAUGACGAUGGACACUGUGUGGGGGAAGAAUGCACACCCGGCGGUUACUGAUGAUGCUGGUGGCGGCUGCGGUAGAAGGGGACACUUGGCGGUUACUGUUGAGCCUGAUGUGGUAGUCGUGGGUGAAGAUCACAGUUUCGGUCGCGUGGUCGCCAUUUAG